UUGGAUCCUGACGGCUGCCCCUGCCAGCCAGCCAGCUUCUCUCUGUUUCUUCCCAUCCCAUAAACAGACAAACCCCAAAACACACACGCGACAACAUUCUAUUCAGAAUUAACUAAACCUAAAAAGUCACGUGACUAUUCUUCUUUUCACCCCAAAUAAACCCAUCAAUCAAUAAUUUAUUAUUUAAUUACAAAGAAAAACAAAAGCAAUAUUCCUUUUCAUUUUCCUCUCCCUUUCCCUUCGUCGUCUAGGGUUCCCAAAUCGGAAACAACCAUCGAGAUUUACAAAACCCGAAUUUCGAAGCAGCGUUGUUUCAUUCUCUCCGAACCGGAAUGGAAUCUAUAAUCUCCGAUCCAAGCCCGGUUCGGGUCAAGAGAAAAACCCUUCAGACCGUUUUGGAACAGUGUCAGAGAGCCCUUGAACUCAUCAACGCUUCUGAUCAAGACGACGACGUUUCUGAUUCCAAUGAUGAAUCUCUCCCUUCUACACGCCCUGAUCCAGAAGCUGAUCACUUGUGUGACUUGCUCAAAUCUAGACUUGAGUGCCCUGAUUUCCUUGAGAAGUUAGAGUGUGCACAGGCGUCAGUUUUGAAGAACACAGUCGAAGAAUGUAAUUCAUGGGAUUUGGUGAGUGAAAAUGAUCUUUGGGAUGGUGUUGACCCUGAAGAAGAAGAUUAUGUUCUUGUUAGAGAAGAUGAUAUAGUGGACGGAAUUGCUUGCUUUAUGGCUGCAUAUUUGUUGUCCCUUAAGCAAACCAAGGAUUUGACUCCAAAUCAACUCCAGGAUGCGCUCAGCAAGACAUUUUCUGUGAAAAAGAAAAAGGGAAAGCUUCGAAAGGCCUGGGAUGGGAGCAAAGUUAUUUAUAAUGUUGCAUCAUGGGGGGCUACAGCCAUUGGGAUAUAUCAAAACCCUGUUAUUCUAAGGGCUGCAACAAAAGCAUUCUGGACUUCUUGUCAAGUGAUUUCAAAGCUAAUUUGAUUUGCCAAUGCAGCUUGGAGAAACAUUGUGAUAUAGUAAUUUAACUAUUGUACUUUGCUUGUGCUGCUGCAAUUCAGUUUGGUUUUCAUUCGUGUCCCAGUUUGGUGUACAGUUCAAUUUGUUUGCACCACAUAUCAAUCGAUCUUAAUGUAGUUCGAUCUUGUAAAUAUCUCUAUUCAAAUGUUCCCAGUGCAAUUCAGAUUCACUUCUCAAGCCUGAAACACAAGCAACUUUGCCAUUUUUCUUUUA